CUUGGCCGUCACGAUUUUCACAGUUUCGGGUAGUGGAUAUAUGGGACGAAAAACUAUGGAGACUUAUAAACCGGGCAUUCUCUAGCAGUAACAAUUUCAGCAGUCGCAUAAUCACCACAACUCGUAUUGUCAGUGUAUCUAAAUUAUGCAGCUCAUCUCCUGAUGAUUCAGUUUAUCAAAUGGAACCUCUUAGUGAUGAUGAUUCCCAAAGGCUCUUCUAUAAGAGGAUAUUUUCUCGUGAGAGUGGAUGUCCCCAUGAAUUAGAAGUAUUGUCCAUGAAUAUUUUGAAGAAAUGCGGUGGAGUGCCAUUAGCCAUCAUCACUGUAGCUAGUCUUUUGGUUAGGGAUCAUCAGGUAAAACCAGAGGAUGAAUGGCAUGUUUUGCUCGAGUCUAUUGGCCGUGGACUUACAGAUGACCCUAGUGUAGAAGAGAUGCUGAGGAUACUAUCGUUUAGCUAUUAUGAUCUACCUUCUCAUCUGAAGACAUGUUUAUUAUAUCUAAGCAUGUUCCCGGAGAAUUACGAGAUUAGAAAAGAUCGCUUGAUAUGGAUGUGGAUUGCCGAAAGUUUUGUCCAAUGUGAAAAAGUAGAAACUUGCCCCUUUGAGAUCGGAGAAUCUUACUUUAAUGAGUUGGUGAAUAGAAAUAUGAUCAUGCCUGUAUAUGGUGAUGACGGCACAUUAGUAGCUUGCAAUGUACAUGAUAUGGUUCUAGAUCUAAUUUCUUCCUUGUCAAGCGAGGACAACUUUGUUACUAUAUUGAAUUAUAGUUGUGAUAGCAUGUCUUAUCAGAGCAACGACCGCAGGCUGUCUCUGCAGAAUGCUAGGAAAGGAGAACUUCAAACUAGGCCUCUCGAAUCUGUGAGUAUGUUACAGGUGAGGUCGAUUGCUACAUUUCAACAUGCUAUUGGUCUAAUGCCAUCUUUCUCGAGCUUGGUUGUUUUACGUGUAUUGGAUCUGAAUGGAUGUAAUAUUAGUGGUCAUAAUCAUCUGAAUCUUCGGGACUUGGGGACUUUAUUGCACCUCAAGUACCUUGGUCUGGCCCAAACCGGAAUUUCCGAAGUCCCAGAGGAAGUUGGAAAGUUGCAGUUUUUGCAGGUGCUUGAUGUGAGUAGAAAUGAUGAUAUGGAACUGCCAUCGACUAUUAUUAAGCUGAGAAGAUUGAUGUGCCUACUCAUUGAUUAUGACCACAAGAGGCUUCCAGAUGGACUGGGAAACCUGACAUCAAUGGAAGUGUUGAGUGAGAUCCAUGGCGACUCUCUAAGCACCGUGAAAGAGCUGGGCAACAUGGAAAGGUUGAGGAAGCUUGAAAUUCGGUUUUAUAAUAAUCUGAGCUUGGAGUUGAGGAAUGCUCUUGUGAAGUCGCUAGGUAAAAUGCCCAACAUCCAGAGUUUAAGAAUUGAAUACAGAGCUCAUGUUUUUGAACCAAUGAUUCUUUUGGAGGAACGUUGGGUGCCCCCUCGAAGUCUCCGGGAAUUUGUCACAACCGGAAUGAUCAAAUUCUCUAGACUGCCAGCUUGGAUAAAGCGGAAUCCCUUGCAUAUGUUGCAGCUCUCCAAGUUACAAAUCACUGUAGAGGAAGUGCGACAGGAGGAUCUUGACAACCUUGGAAGGUUACCGGCUCUUCGUAUUCUUGACUUGUGGAGCCUCCGCCAAAGUUGGCUGCUACUCGUUGGCGCGGAUGGGUUCCGUUGCCUGACAUCAUUCAAGCUGCAAUCCUGGUCAUCACCGGGCCAAGUCGUGUUCAUGCCAGGGGCCAUGCCCAAGGCUGAACGAGUUGUGCUCCGAAUCAGUUUGCAGGUCGCAAAAGAGGAAGCAGCUGGCAACGGUGGUGAUCGGUUUGACCUGGGCAUGAGCAACCUGCCGUCCCUGCGGAAGGUCGAUGCCAAAUUCUUUCGCUCGGGAGUGACGGUCGGGGAGGCCAGGCAAGCGGAGGCUGCCCUGGAGAACGCACUCCGUGCCCAUCCUAACCGUCCCACCUUUGGCAUCGACUUCGUUCCUGACAUACCACAAGACGCUGGUGACGACGACGUCUGCUCUGAGUACGAUGUGUCCGACUGAGGGACCUUCAGGCUGUCAUUGUUUAAUGGAGAUGCACGUCUGCAGACCAGACCAGACCAGACCAUCCAUCAGAACGUGUUAUUACUCGCUGAGCUUGUUUCUUGGCUUAGAUAAAAAAAAGCGGAAAAUGCAUUAAAAAAUAUCUUUGGUAGUUCCAUUUAUAUGUGAUUCUUAGUUCCUCGCUCAGUAUCACUCCUCUAUUUUUUUAAAGGCUACCAUGCUCUUUUAUUUUGUUUAAUUACUAGUGAUUAUUUCCCAAAAAAGGUAAAAAUAUUUUUACUUGAUUUUGUAGCAUGUACUCAUAUGUUGUCUCAAGAAAAAAAAAACCCCAAAAAAUAUAGAUGUUAGCUGUACUUUAUGGUA